GGACCGGUCACCCGUACGACCACACUAGCACCAGACGCGACAACGACCAUGGGUGGACCACGUUUCGACCAAAAGUACGAGAAGACAUUCACCACGCGUUUCCAUCAGAAUAAUUUGUAUGUACUAUACUGCUAUUGAAAGUUAUGAUACAGUGUUUACAGGAAUGUGAUUGUGCAGAAGAAAAACAGCCAUUAUAAAAUCCAAUCUGCUCCAACUGAGAAAUGCAUACAAUUAGGUUUAUAUAGAGGAUUAAUCAACAUGAUUGAAAUGCCUGAAUUCAAGUUAGGUGAGUCUGAUUAUAACACUGUUCAUGAGAAAUCACAUGAUGUUGAAAAAACUCCAACUUACUCUUAUCCAAAUUGGACAUUCAAGAUUUAUGGUUUCUUAGCAUAUGCUUAUCUCAGAUCCUUAUUUGAUAUAAACAAAUCUGAUUACUUAGAUUCAUUAUGUAAUCACCAACUGAUAAAAUUGCUCAAACCGGGUAUUAGUAGAUCAAAAUUUUACAUCACAGAGGAUCAAAAGUUUAUUAUUAAAACUAUUAAGAAAAGAGAACGUGAGUUAUUAAGAAAUAUGCUUAAACAUUACAUCAAUCAUUUAAAUUCAAAUCAGGGCUCUAUGCUGACUAAAUUUACGGGUCUUUAUGAGUAUAUACCCUCUUGUUUAAUAAAUAUCAUAUUAGUAAUUAUGAUUAAUUUAUUACCUUCAGACGUGGAAAUACACGAAAUGUAUGAUCUAAAAGGAUCGACAAACAAUAGAUAUGCUUUAUAUAAAGAAAAUAUGCCUACUUACAAAAAAAAUAACUUUAAMACAAGUUAUCCUGAAGGUAUAUUGUUGAUGCCAAAUACUCKAARUGAUCUUCUCAAAAUCAUCAAAAGUGAUUGUGAUUUUCUAAAARAAUAUAAUAUAAARSAUUACAGUCUUUUAAUAGGCAUUCACUAUAUCGAUCAAGUUCAAGAACCAGACACUUCUUUAAAUAAAGCAGCUAUAGCCAGGUGGGAACGUUUGAUGAAUAAUUCAAUAGGAAUGGAUAGUAUUCAAGAUACUACUAAAACUUUGCCAAAAGAAAAUUUUGAUUCAUUAAUAGGUAGUAUACCUGCUCUAGGUGAUAAUAAUGAACGAUUAUUGCUAUUUGUUGGAAUUAUUGACGUAUUUCAAAAGUACAGAAUAUCGAGAAAAGUAGAACAUUUAUACAAAAUACAACCCAUUAAUAUUUGUGUACGACCUCCCAAAAAUGAUGCCACUGGAUUUUACGAUUUUUUGUCCACAUCUGUGUUUAAGCCACUUUCUUCUGAAGAAUUGAAGAACUAUCCAAGCAACAUAAAGGUUCCACAGCAAUGACGAUAAAAUGAUUACGUGAUAAAUAAUAAGAGCACAAUCUAAAUCUAUGCAAUAAAAGAAUUAAUAAUAUCGUAUAAUAUUUUUAAUUUCAUGGAGAAUGGAGUUAGCUUUAAAUAUUUUUAUAAAAUUUUCAUAUUCCACUGUAAACAGUGGUUUCAUACCAAGAAUAAUGUAAUGCAAAAUGUUUUCGUCUAAUUUUUUUUGUUUAUGAUAGACCGAUCAGUACUUUUAUAUUCAGUUAGUUUCCUUUGUUUUAUUGGAAUUUGAGAAUUAUCAUUUGAUGUAGGUACUAGCUCUUUUACGUACUCCARCUUUUAAAUAUGCAUCCUAUGCUUCCAAUUCUGACGUAUUAUGCUAUCUCUAAAAAAAU